UCUUGUUGCAGAAACGUCAGAUUGAUUAUAAAAAAACGCAAACAAAUCGUGCGUAAUUUUCACAUUCCGUAUAAUUUUUCACGUUUCCUCGGUAGUUUUUCCUGUUUUAAAAUGUGAUAGCAAGUUAAACCAAAGCAUAGAAAUGACAAAACAUCCUGCUACUAUCAAACUGGUCCGUUUGACCAGUUUGUACAACGUUACGGCAAAGCAGUUUUACGCUUACGUCCGAAGUCUGCACUGCCACAUCCGGAAGCAGAAUGCCAAGAUCCGGAGGCUCCGGCGCAAACUUUUCGAGCUGAACAAGUCCCGGAAGCAAAAGACAAAGAGCUCGAUUGAAGAGGAGGUAGUGGAGGAGGAAGAGGAUGGCCAGGAGGAAGAUUUUAUGAAAGCCCUGGAGAGAGCGGAGGAACAGCAAACUCAAGCUUCGUUGGCCAAUAAACCGAUGGAUGUUAAAGCAUUCGUCGCGGACAUCAAAAAGACUGCCGAAGAGUUCAACUACCAGAAUCGGUACAUUUACGAACCGACAAGUGGGCUGUAUUACGAUCCGGAAACCGGAUACUAUUACAAUGCUAUUUACGGACUCCAUUACGAUGGCAACAAAGGUUGCUACUUAAAGUACAAUGAACAAACAGGGAAAUACGAUUUCUACUCUCAAGUGAUUCCGGAGGAGAACCUUGAGAAGGAGAAGCCCAAAACGUCCCAAAAGAAACGGAAGCAUGGCCAAACGGACCAGGAGAAACAACUGUCGGGUCGAGAUCGUCGCGGCAGUCUAAGUCCAGUUCGUGAAAGGGAUUCCAGACGACGCCGUCGUUAUCGGAGUCGAUCUCCGGGCAGACCGUAUUCGGUUUCCAGUGGUUCCUCUUCCGGCUCUACGGACCGGGAGACAAGCCGCAGACGACGCAGAAAUGGAAGGAAGGAAAAAGAGGAGAGGAAGAGAAACAGGCAAGAUAAACGAAGCCACAAGGUGGGACAUUCCGAUGACGAAAAUAAGGAGGAGGGAGAACUGGACGACAGCAGUAGCGGAGGGGAUAGUGACAACAGUGAGAAGAAAGUUAUUCUCAUCGAAUCGAGUGCUUCCGAGAGGGAAAACUCGGGCAUAGACGUUGACUUGGACAGCUAUGCGGGGAAACAUUCAGAUGUUUCGAGGAAGUACCCCCCUUCAUUAAGGCUGAUCGUCCAGGAAAGCAGUGUGGCAUCACUGAAGCAAGGUUCCCUAUUCAUAAUUACCUGCAAGGGUGGUUCACUGGGUCGGGAAGGCGACCAUGACGUCAUCAUUCCGGAUAUCAAUGUUUCCAAGUACCAUCUCAAAUUCAGCUACAACACCCGAACCGGUGCCUACCAGCUGGUGGAUCUGGGUUCUCGCAAUGGGACCUUCCUGAAUGGAACCCGCAUGGCGCCGACCAUGCAAGAAAGUGACGAAUUCGACAUAAUGCAUGGAGACGUGAUAGAUCUGACCCGGACCAAGCUGUUGUGUCACAUCCAUGAUGGGAACUUCACCUGCAGUAACUGCGAGCCGGGAUUGCUCAUGAAGACGUCCAAAAAGGGCAACGAUUCGGAUGAUGAACGUAUUACCAAACCCGUGAGCUACAAAGAGGGGAAGAAGCUGCUGCAGCGUCGCUUCGGCUUGGAGGAAGAGAAAUACGUUAAAAAACCUGAAAAAGCUGAGGUGGAAUACAAUGAUCGGGCAGCCCACCGCAGAAAGGUCAAAGGAAGCUCAAACGAGCAUGCCAAGACUGAGAUGGCUUCGUUAAACGAACAGAUCAGCAGUAAGAACAAAGGCUUCAAGAUGCUAUCGAAGCUGGGUUGGAGUGAAGGUCGGUCCCUUGGCGUCAGGGAUCAUGGACCAACGGAACCAAUUCGGCUGACCACGAACAUCGGAACCAGCGGGCUGGGUAGUCAAGCCCUGGCCGAUCCCACCGCUUUGCCCGACGAAGCAAAGGCGAACAUUUGGAGAAUGGCACAGGAGCGUUACAAGGCGUGUGCUGACGUUGAGGAAGACGGCGUCAGGCCACCAGGUGCUUCUUUGGAACAUAAGAUAAGUAGCGAAAACAGGGGUUUCCAAAUGUUGUCCAAGUUGGGGUGGAUUAGUGGGGAAACGUUGGGCAAAGAAAGCAACGAUGGGUUAAAGGAACCCAUCAAGUUGCUGACCAACGUGGGGACCAGUGGGCUCGGCAGUAAGCCCUUGGUUAAGCCAGGAGCGGAUAAAACCGCAACCGCCAAGAAUAAGACAAUUUGGAAGAAAAAACAGAGGAAAUGUCGUACUAUGAAUAUGUUUGAUGCUUCUGAUUCUGAGUAGAACAUUGAUUGUGGUAAAUGGUUUUUUGUUUUUGAACUAGAGGCUGUUGUAAGUUCCGUCGUAAAUACAUCCUAAUUGAAUUCUAAAAA